AUGGCCGAAAUUGAAGAGGUCUCAUUCUCUGGAACUAGCAAAUCUGACAAGAACCUGCUAUUCAACAGAGGCUCCCUGCUGAACAACUCAACAAUGUACACUUGCAGUCCAAGGAGGGCAGCGUUCACAGUUGCAGCAAUCAUCUGCUGUCUCUUUGCUGUUUCUGUCAUUGCUGCAUUUGCCAGACCAGCUUGCUCGAUGCCCCCAUCUCCGAACCACACCUCUGUCGAUGCUGACCACAAACUCCCCUCCACAAACAUCAGCCAACCAACCAACACUGCAACAACUGACAAGAUCUCUAAUGUUAAAGGCAGUCAGUUUCGUUGGAACAAAAUAAGACUACCAACAACUUUGGUGCCCCAUUCAUACGGGGUCCUCAUCCAUCCUGACAUGGAAAAGUUUGAUUUUAGUGGCUGGUCGAGUGUGGAGGUGGUUGUGAAGAGUAGCACUGAUUACAUCGUCAUGCAUGUCAAGCAACUCAACAUCUCUGACAUUGGCUUACGUUAUAGGAACCGAGAUGACAGGAUAGAAAUGAAGAAGUAUUUGAUCUCAGUUGAACGUGAGCAGUUGUACAUCGAACUGACAUCCAACCUCAUCGCUGGAUCAACCAUACUCAUCAAUGUAUCUUUCCACGGAGUACUCAGUGACAAUAUGAAUGGAUUUUUUCUCAAUUUUUAUAUCACUAGAGGUGGUGUUAAGAGAUAUUUGGCAGCCACGCAGUUUGAACCGACAGAAGCAAGGUCAGCAUUUCCUUGUUUUGACGAACCUCACAUGAAGGCACACUUCAAGUUCAACAUCAUCAGACCAAAGGAUUACAUCUCACUGUUCAAUACUGAGAAGGUAGCAGAGAAAAUGAUUUCAGAGAACGAAACGAUGGACAUCUUCAACACAACCCUCAAGAUGAGCACAUACUUGGUGGCAUUCGUUGUUUGCGACUACCUCUCCAAGUCACAGCUGAGCAAAAGUGGAGUCAAUAUCUCGGUGUACGCCCCACCGGAAGCCAUCAAUGACGUCAACGUCGCCCUGGACAAAGCCACCAAAAUACUCGACUUUUACGAGGAUUUCUAUGGCAUCAAGUAUCCUCUGAAGAAACUUGACAACGUGGCCAUACCCGACAUGUCGGUUGGUGCCAUGGAGAACUGGGGACCGGUGCUCUACAUUUCAAAGUACCUCCUCUUGAAUGAGAGUCGAAAUUCAGAGCACGACAAGAACAUGGUGGUUGUCGUCGUGGCUCAUGAGUUGGCUCAUCAGUGGUUUGGCAACCUGGUAACGAUGGAGUGGUGGAAUGAUCUGUGGCUUAAUGAAGGGUUUGCCAAGUACAUCGAGUACGUCGGGACCAAUCACAUCUUCCCUGAUUGGCCUAUGAUGGAGAUCUUUACAUGUCAGACGAUGGCAGUUGCCAUGGUUGCAGACUCCUCGGAUGCGUCCCACUCAAUAUCCGAUCCGGUUUACGACCCGAACGAGAUCAACGAGAUAUUUGACAGCAUCUCUUAUGACAAGGGAGCGUCGGUGAUUCGAAUGUUGGAGAAUGUCGUUGGACCGGACGUCUUCUACAGAGCCCUGAAGAACUACCUGACCAAGCACCAGUUUGAUACUGCCAACAACAACGACCUCUGGGAAUCUUUCACUCAGCAGUUGAAAGACACCAUGCACAUCAACGUGAAAGAAAUGAUGGACACGUGGACUCUGCAGAUGGGCUUCCCUGUAGUCAGCAUGAGCAGGAACGGUCGACAGGUGACGUGUCGCCAGGAGAGGUACGUCAUCACUGACCAGUCGAAACUGGCAGGCGUGCAAGUUGAGCCUUCCCGCUUUAAUUACUUGUGGUUCAUUCCGCUGACCUUUGUGACCGACAGACAUCCAAACAACCAUUCCAUGUACUUCAUGAAGGAAAAAACACUAAGGUUUGAACUGCCAGAGGAUGUUAAUUGGUUGAAAGCGAAUUCAAACAUGACAGGUUUCUACAGAGUGCACUACGAUGAUAAUGGAUGGUCUGACAUCAUUAGGCAACUCAAAUCCGAUCACACUCACCGGCCACACGAACCUGACGAUGGCGCUCGACCUCUCGUUGUACCUGGAGAGGGAGGGGAGUUACAACCCCUGGAGGAUGAUGAUGGGGAACAUCAAGAUGAUGGACUACAGGAUGUUAUGAAGAAGUUGAUGACUCCAAUCUUGAAGAAACUUGGAUGGGAAGAUGUUGGAGACCACGAUACCAAAUUGAUAAGGAUAGAGUUGAUGUCCCUUGCAACGAGGCUCGGCUUCCAGGAGUAUGUUGAUUGGGUGAUGAGGUCCUUCAAGCAGAUGGUUAAUGGAUCAUUGAGAUUAAGUCCCAACCAGCAGUCCAUAGUCUUCCGGUACGCAGUGAAGUACGGCGGGGCCGAGGAAUGGGACUUUGUCAUGAAUAGCGCCAUGUCUAGCAACACCAGCCAGGCCCAGAAAGCCGUCAUGCUGGAUGCACUGACCUUCAGUAAUGAUGUCCUCAGAGUCACUAGACUGUUGGAGAUGUCUUUGAACCAGACUCUAAUGAAGACGAACGAGUGUCUGGGAACAUUGACAGGAGUUGGAAAGCAUUCAGCCGGUCAGUUGGUACUGUGGAACUUCAUCAAGAAGAACUGGUCACUCAUCAAUGAUAGGAUUCAUGGCAUGCCCAAGAGGUCCAGAGCCAUCGUGAGGUUCGCCUCAUUCCUCUUCUCCACAGAGGUCGAAUAUGACGAGUUACAAACAUUCCUGAACGAGCACAUGAGUAAGGAGACUGCCCGACUGAACAUUGAACUCCUGGAUGCCGUUCGUAUGAACAUCAACUGGAAGGCCAAGUCGGAAGACCAGCUCGUCCAGUGGCUUCUCAAACAGACCUCUCAUUAGUUCAUUAUCGAAUGAACGAACGAAUGAACCGAUUGGUUUAAUCGUUCGUUUUCAUUCAUUCAUUCAUUCAUUCAUCAAUCGACUUUUUUAAUCAUUGGUUGAUGUAUAAUUUUAUUGAUGAUGACAUU